CCCUCCUAUAACAGCUGCUCAUCCCAAUGUACAAGACUAUAUGACACAGGGUGGUUCCCUGCCCAAUAGUGGUACAGCAUCCCCAGUACAUAUACCUCAAAUGCCCGGCAGUGUGCCAGUUAGUCCAGACCAUAUCAGACAUAGAUUUGAUGGUAGACUUGGUCCCAAUGAUCCAUCUACAUCAAGAAUGUUACCUAGACAACCUGGACCCGACCUUACUCAAGGUCAUCUGUAUCAGCCUAGUAGCACGUCAGGUGAAGGUCAGUCUGCAAGAGAGAUGGGACUUGGUCCGACAGCUCUGGAUAGCUCUUUAUAUGGACCAGAAUCUUUAUACCAGCAACAAUUAGAUCAAGGUCAAAUGGGAUAUAUACAAGGUCAAGGUGUAAAGUCAGGUGGACCAGAUACAGCCCAAGCACCAACUCCACAAUCAGACUAUGUUCCAUUAGAUCAGAGGUGGAAAAAAGACAAGCCAGUUACUCCUCAGUCAGCGUAUCCACAAACAGGUCAAAGGCCAGUUGUGUCAGGGUCAUUAAAGCCACAGACCAGCCAAGGUAUAUCACUAAAUACUCAUCUGCAGCCAAAUCAAACUCCCGACCAACAGAAUUUUUAUGCCCAGAAUUUAGCUCUUGCUAAUCAAGAACUUCAAUAUGGACAACCAGGAACAUUCCAAGGUCAAGGUCAGAAUAUACCAAACCAAUCUAUGCCUGCAGGUCAGAGUCAGAUGCAGACAAGCCAGUAUGGUCAGAAUAUGGCUGACUUUCAGACACAGAGGUUUUCUCAACCUCCUCAGCUACCAGUUCAUAGUGCUCCAGCUAGUCAGGUAAUAUCACAGAUGCCAUCUUCAUUGCCUCCUCAGUCCAUGCCUGUUACAAGGGAGGUCACUAGCACAGUGUCAGCUGUUGGUGGUCCAGUUCUCUCCCCAGGAAAUGAAAAUCAGGACUACAGAAGUAUGCCACAAGGUAAUUUUGGUCCUCAGGGUCAGGGACAAGGUCAAAUUAACACCCAGCAAGUUCAAGGUCAGCAACAUAUGUCACAGCCAGGAUACAGUGAAGGUCAGCAAGUACUCCAACAGUUUCCUCAGUCACAGCCACAACAACACCAAUUGCAACCACCUGGAAGCCAGUCAUUCCAAGGUCAAGGCCAGGUACAAGUUUCUGGAUCCCAGGCACAAUUUCAGCAUUCAACGUUUCAGCCAAGUGGUAGCCAGCAUCAGCGUUAUGACCAACAACAUGUGCGAGUUCCACAACAGACAGGACAGCAACAGCACAUGGGACAAGGACAGACUGCUCAACCAGCUCCCCAACAACAUCUUAAGGGUCAAGGUCAAAUGACACAAUAUGUUUCUCAGCAACCAGGACAAGGUCAGGCAUUGCAGCAAAUACCUCAACAUAUGGGACAGUACAGCCAGGCUCAACCACAGUACAGCCAGGCUCAACCACAGUACAGCCAGGCUCAACCACAGUACAGCCAGGCUCAACCACAGUACAGCCAGGCUCAACCACAGUACAGCCAGGCUCAACCACAGAGCAGCCAGGCUCAACCACAGAGCAGCCAUGUUCAACCACAGUACAGCCAGGCUCAACCACAGUACAGCCAGGCUCAACCACAGUACAGCCAGGCUCGACCACAGUACAGCCAGGCUCGACCACAGUACAGCCAGGCUCGACCACAGUACAGCCAGGUUCGACCACAGUACAGCCAGGCUCGACCACAGUACAGCCAGGCUCAACCACAGAGCAGCCAGGCUCAACCACAGAGCAGCCAGGCUCAACCACAGUACAGCCAGGCUCAACCACAGAGCAGCCAGGCUCAACCACAGUACAGCCAGGCUCAACCACAGUACAGCCAGCCUCCAGCCAAUGCACAAUACAAUCAGGGUGUACAGCCUGCAGGUCAGGUUAAUCUGCAACCCACAAAUCAAGGUCAGUUUGACCAGAGGGGAACAGUUCAAGGUCAGACAAGCCAAUUUAUUCCAAGUCAGCAGUUGCCUGGACAACAACAGUUGAUAUACCAGCCAUCUGUUCAAGGUCAAACAGGACACCAAAAGCCCUUUGUGCAUCAGGCUGGACAACAAAUCCAAAAUUUACCUCAGACCCAACAGCAAACAUAUACCCCUGCUCAGCAACAAAAUGUGCCACUCCAGCCUUCGAAGUUCCAUGCCCAGCAACAGUUUCAUCAACCUCCUCAGUCUGCCCCAGUUCAAAUAGCAUAUUCUGGUGCUAGCAUUCAAACUGGGCCACCAGCUCCUGCCCAGCAACAAGGAGUAUCAACAGCAGGUGGGCAGCAAAACCUACACCAGUUCCAUCCACUUCAACAACAGAAUUUUUUUCAGACCCAGUUUUCAUCUUCAGCCAGUACAGGGACUGCAGGUGGAUACAUGCAGUCUGGACCCAGGUUUGCUGCACCAACCUCUUUGAUGCCACAACAACAAGGAGUGCCAGCUGCACCAGUUAGUGGUCAGGUGGCACCUAUCCAGCAACCUGUUGCAGGUCAAGGUCAGCAGUAUCAGCAGCCAAUGAUAACACAAGGACAGAAUUUUGUGCAGCCUCCACAUUCCUCGCCUGCACAUCCGGUGUAUGGGGCAGGGGCUUUGCAGUCAGCUCAAAGAUUAUCUGCUCCACCAUCAGCUUCCUCACAGCAGAAUGUACAAGGUCAACAAUACACAGGUCAACAAAUGGGUGGGAUACCACAGUCCCAACAAGGUAGAAUGCAGCCUCCAUUGAGUGGUCAAGGUCAUCAAGGUCAGUCUGCAAAAACAUACAGCCCUGCACCAGCUGCAUCUGUAAGUCAACCUUUGAAUAUACCAACUAUUCCACCAGUUUCAGGUCAAGGACAGUUUGUCCGGGGUCAUGGUACACAACAGAAUGUUCAAGGUCAGUAUAUUGGUCCACAGUCACAGACAUCUAUGGGUCAGGGACAAUUUAUCCCAGGUCAAGGCAUAGGUCAGCAGCCGCAAAAACCCCAGGUACCAGGUUAUUCAGAGACCGUUGUGAACAGGCAGUUUACCCAAGGUCGAAUUCCACACGGUCAGAGUUCACAAGAAUUAUCUGGUCAGAGCCAACGAAAGGGACAGAUUCCACCCAGUCAGGGGUCCCAAGUCUAUUCUCAUAGUCAGUUACCAAGCAGUCAAAGCCAGCAGACAUACCCUCAGAGCCAAGUAGGUCAGUUUAAUCAUUAUCAAGGACAAGUACCUGUAAACCAGCAAAGACCAGGUGUUCCAAACCAAACUGUUGCUCAGCAACAAUAUGGACAUCAAGGACAAAUGCAAGGUCAGUCACAGUAUGGACAGGGAACCAGUCAGCUUAAUCAGACUGGUCCAUUGCCUCCAAUGCAACAGAUUCCACAACAAGGGCAAAUGAGCAACAAACAAUCAGUUUUACAACCUGAAGUUUUAAAACCUACUUUGCCAUCAGGUUUAAGUCAAGGCCAAACUAGCAGUCCACAAAACCAGCAGAAUUUGUAUUCCUCCCAAGGUCAAGGUCAGAACAUACAGCCACCACUUCAACAGCAACCAGUCCAACCUCAAGGACAACCAGUCACACCGAGUUACCAACCAGUGAGCCCAAUGCAUGGAAACUACCAGCAAGGGCAGCAAAGACCACCUAGCCCAGCAGUUCCUAUAGUUACACAACAAGGUCACAUAAAAACUCAAGAUGUUAAACCAACCUUGUCAGUGGAAGUAAAGCCAUCUCAGCCACAGAGUCCAACGUCACACCAGUCAGCGGCUCGAAAUAUUUCUGUAGAUAGACAACUGUCAACAGCUUCAUCACUGGACGAAAUUUUGUCAUCAAGUCCAGAUGCUAGGACCGAGUCAGCAGAAAGAGUCUUGGCGCCAAAGGAUGCACUUGACUGGGCAAUUCAGAACAAUUUGUGGGGACAUGCAUUUUCCUUGGCCAGCAAGAUGAACAAUAAAACUGAAGAUCAUGUAAUGAGAAGGUUUGCAAACAUGAAGGUGGCAGUAGAUGACACACUGCACACAUUUUGCCAGAUAAUGUCGAGGUCAGACGUCAGUGUAAGUUUAAAUUUCAAGCUUCUCAUCAAGACAUGAACACCAGAACUACAGAUAUCCAUAGGUGCCUCCCUUGAUGAACUGUUUAUUGACCUUUUCAGUUAAAUACAAAGGUCAGGGUGAUUGUGCAUUCAGUUCUUGUCAGUUCACAUGUGCACAUCCUAUUUAGACAUUUCCAGGUGAUAGAAACGUUAAAACAGCAGUAAGAACAGGAAUGUCAGUGCACACAUACAAUUAAUUGCUAGUUAGUGUCAAUAGGUGUUUAAUUAUUUACAGUUUAUCAAUAUAGAGUCUGUAUUCCAUUACAUU